AUGAGUGAGACACUUCGACCACCGUCACUCCAGGUGAGCGUCCCAAAUGAUGUGCUGGGGCCCUCAGAUGGUGGCAACAAUGUGGUGUCUGAUUGUUCGGCGCGGUCCAGCUCGUCCACACCGACGCUCAGACGUAAACGCUUCAAAAUGCGCCGUAUGAGGAAAGUGCCGAGUGAGAGGGAGAAAGAAAGAGGGGGGUUGACCGACAGCCAUCUGCCUCCCCGAUCCAGGUCAGGCUCCAAGGAGUACUUGCAGCUGCCCUCCAUUGAGAUCACGCCAUCAAGCGAUGAAGAUGCGCCCUCCUCCUGGUCCAACUGCUCCACACCCAGCGCCUCGCCACGACGCAAGCGUUUCCUGUUGAGGAAGUGGCUGAGGGUCCGAGAGAGGAAGGAGCAAGUCAGUGAAAGCAGCAGCCAGCCCAGCAGCCAGCAGAGCAGCCAUGAAGACGACUCCGGCCGCUUCCUGACUCCGCUCAUCCGAGAGGAGAGCACUGCCAGUAACUCAAACAGGAGCACGCCUGCUUGCUCGCCAGUCCUGCGUAAACGCUCGCGCUCCCCCACACCACAGAGCCAGGAGGGUGAGAACAUGGUAGAGAAGGGCUCAGACCACUCCUCUGACAAGUCCCCCUCCACGCCUGAGCAAGUGGUCCAGAGAACCUACUCUCUGCAGUCGGCACGAAGCGGGGGCAAGAACUCUAAGUCUCACAAGCGACUUUCCAAAAAGAGCCAAAGCUGGUACAAUGUGCUGAGCCCCACAUACAAGCAGCGCAAUGAGGACUUCAGGAAACUCUUCAAGCAGCUCCCUGACACUGAGAGACUCAUUGUGGACUACUCAUGUGCCCUGCAGCGGGAUAUCCUCCUUCAGGGACGACUCUACCUCUCUGAGAACUGGAUCUGUUUCUACAGCAACAUCUUCCGCUGGGAAACACUGUUGACGGUGCGGCUAAAGGACAUCUGCUCCAUGACGAAGGAGAAAACUGCCCGCCUCAUCCCCAAUGCCAUCCAGGUCUGCACAGACAAUGAGAAGCACUUUUUCACCUCAUUCGGGGCCAGGGACCGGACCUACAUGAUGAUGUUCAGACUGUGGCAGAAUGCUCUGCUGGACAAGCCACUGUGCCCCAAGGAGCUGUGGCACUUUGUCCAUCAGUGCUAUGGCAGUGAACUGGGUCUUACCAGUGACGACGAGGACUAUGUUCCCCCCGAUGACGAUUUCAAUACUAUGGGGUUCUGUGAAGAAAUUCCAAAUGAGGAGAAUGAGAUCAACAAUGACAACUCCUCCAAGAGCAGUGCUGAGGCCAAGCCUGAGGGAAGCCCUCCUCCAGUGCACAAGAAGGUCAUCCCCAACAGCGCCAUCCCCAGCCUGACAAACAGUGAUGCACCCAUCACAUUUGACCUGCCAUCAGAGGAGUAUGCAGACUGUGUGCCAGAUGGGGAGUUCCUGGAUGUGCCGCUGGUGGUAGUGGAAAAGAGCAACGAGUCCAGCAGUCCCAGUGGCCCCGUCCCCUCCCCCUCACUGGACUUCAACGACAACGAGGACAUCCCCACUGAGCUCAGUGACUCCUCUGAGACUCAUGACGAGGGUGAGGUGCAGGCUUUCCAUGAUGAUCUGAAUGGCAGACAGUACAUUAAUGAGAUCUACAAGUUCAGCGUGGACAAGCUGUAUGACAUCCUCUUCACAGAGUCGCAGUUCAUGAGUGACUUCAUGGAACAGCGGCGAUUCUCAGAUGUGGUGUAUCACCCCUGGAAGAAGGAGGAUGCAGGAAACCAGACCAGAGAGAUCAUGUACACCAUUUCACUGUCCAAUCCACUUGCGCCUAAAACAGCAACAGUCACUGAGACACAAACUCUUUACAAGGCUAGUCAGGAAAGUGAGUGCUAUAUCAUCGACGCUGAGGUCAUCACCCAUGAUGUGCCCUAUCAUGACUAUUUCUACACCCUCAACCGCUACAUGCUCACUAGGGUGGCCAAGAACAAGUGUCGGUUAAGGGUAUCGACCGAGCUGCGCUAUAGGAAGCAACCUUGGGGACUGGUUAAAGGCUUCAUUGAGAAGAACUUUUGGAGUGGGCUGGAUGAGAAUUUCCGCCAUCUUGAGAUGGAGCUGUCGAAGGUGGAGGAGCUGCUAACUGAGUCCCACCACCCAUCCCCUAAGGCCAAAGUGGGAAAGAACUCCACUGUGAGGCGGAGGAAGAGGCCGCUCCCUCACAUGCGCAGCCAGCACCUGGAGGAGGCUCUCAGCCCCGUUACCACCCCAACAGAUGAGGAGGUUAUCCAUCGCAUCAAACAGGUGGCGGGCUCCACCCAGACCCGACAUCAGAGCUCAGAGCACCAUCACUUGUCCGGAGGCCUGGCGCUCUACAGCGUCUCCAAAUUGCUGCUCAUCAUCAGCUUUGUGAUCUGUCUAAGCCUGGUGUUGUUGGUGUUCCUCAACAUGAUGCUCUUCUACAAACUGUGGAUGCUGGAGUACUCUGCACAGUCGCUUACAACCUGGCAAAGUCUGCGGCUUCACGAAAGUAAACUGCCUCAGACGCAGAUGGAGUGGGCUCAGCUCCUGGAGUCACAGCAGCGUUACCAUGAUGCCGAGCUGCAGAAGUGGAGAGAGAUAAUCAAGUCCUCUGUGGUGCUAUUAGACCAGAUGAAAGACUCUUUAUUGAACCUACAGCAGGGAAUUGGCUUAAGGGACUACAGCCCUGAGGCUGAAGAGAAGAGAAGUCGCUAUCACUGA